CGCAACCGGUUCAUAUACUUGCGCAAGAGCAUAAAAUAUUGACCAAUUCACCUCGAUCUCUGUGUUCCAUGAUCUUGAACGUUACUCUUAUAAUAGAGAGGACCUAGAAGUUAGUUGUCACAAGACAUUUGCGGGAAAAACUAAAGAAAUAUCUUAAAAUAAUGUAAGGAAACAACCAAACAAAACCAUACAAAAAUCUCAGUAGUCUAACGUGCGCGAGCGAGACCCAGUCCACGCGCUCUCUCCCUUGCUCCUUAGCGACUUCCAGCCAUUUAAGACUAACGUAAGACCCAGAGGGGGUGCAGUCGGCGCCUGAUACGAAUUGGUGCAGGGUGGGGAAUUGCCGUUAUAACUAACAUGCUGCGAGACCUAUCGAAGCUGGCGACCGAGAUCGUUCGCCACACGGCGGUCACUCGUCGCCACCUGACCCCUGAACUGUCACUCCGUCUGGUGACCCCUGCGUGUCCGCUGUGGACCGCCCAGGAACACGAGCUACCGUUCCAAGACCCAUUCUGGGCGUUCUACUGGCCGGGAGGGCAGGCUGCUGCCAGAUACAUUCUGGAUAACGGGAAAGUGGUAGAAAAUCGUCGUGUCAUUGAUAUUGGAUGCGGUUGUGGCGCCGGAUCUAUAGCCGCCGCUAAAAUGAAAGCAAAAAGGGUUCUGGCCAACGACAUAGAUCCCUACGCAUUAGCUGCAAGCAAAAUCAACGCUGAUUUGAACAAAGUAAACUUUGAAAUAAGUAUGGAGAAUUUUAUUGGUAAAAAAUUAGAAGAAUUCGAUACAAUAUUGAUUGGAGACAUGUUUUAUGAUGAAGAAUUUGCGAAUUACCUCUUCGAAUGGCUACUAACAUUAGCUAAGAACGACAAAACUGUAUUGAUAGGUGACCCAGGGCGACACGGCUUGACAGAAAAGAGACUGCAACACAUCACACGGCUAGCUACAUACAAGAUGCCCGAUGACAGUUGUUCUGAAAACCACGGCUUCACUGAAACAUCGCUGUGGAGGAUGAACACAGAGUGAUCCAAUGCAUG